AUGCUCCUUCAACCGGGCCUUAGAUGGGAGUUGAAUCAGUGUUAUGAAGCGGAACCAACAUGGACACACGAUCCUAAUGUCCAAGUCAUCGUCAAACUUGCCAGACAGCAUCUUCAUUUCAGCAAAGACGAUGAGUGUACUGCCGACUAUUUCAUGCAGGGUGCUUUCAACAGGAUUUAUCUCGUCCGAUGUCCAAGAGGUGGUAAAGAUGAACGGUCUUUCAUCUUUCGAGUUUCGCUGCCAGUGGAUCCUGGUUUCAAAGUGUCCAGCGAUGUGGCCACAAUGACCUACGUACGCGAACACACAAACGCACCUGUUCCUCGCGUUGUGGCAUUCGAUCCGUCUCAUGAGAAUGAACUUGGCUUUGCAUGGACAAUCAUGGAAAUGAUGCCAGGGCAACCUUUGUGCCAUCGAUACAGGUAUAUGACGCGGAAGCAGAAAGAAGAUCUUGUCAGAAGGAUUGCAGAGAUUGUGGCCCAAAUGUUCCGCAGCAAAUUCCAUGGGAUUGGCAACCUCUAUCAAGCGGCAGAUGCAUCUCCACAACAAACAGACUGCGACAUCAUCGGACGAACCCCUCACCGUGCCGAGAAUGCUCACACAGAUGAAUCUUCUGUUGUUGGGGUUGGAGAUGCUGACUUGUCUUCCAGCGGCGAGGCCGGAAAGAAUGGCCCAUCCGCAAGGUAUAGAAUCGGUCGCAUCGUGCAGAUGUCAUUCCUCUGGCACAAACGAGUGCACUACGACAUCUAUCGCGGGCCGUUUGCUUGCAGUUAUGACUGGUUGGCAGCACGGCUAGCUUUCGUGCUCACAGACUCCGUUGCCAUUCUAAAGAACCCUGUGCUGGAACAACGGCAAAAGUUUCUCGCAAGCAAAUACUCUUUGACCGCAAGAAGAAUUCAAAAGCAGCUGCCUAACUUCUUUCCGAGAGAAGAUUCCUAUCCUGACCAAGUGAUACCAGAGACCACCACGCUGCACCAUUACGACAUGUCAGGCUACAAUGUGCUCGUCGAUGAGGAGGGGCAGCUGACAGCUCUGUUGGAUUGGGACGGCGUGUCUGCUGUUCCGCUCUGGAAAGCAUGCCAGAUGCCAGAGUUUCUGGUGUCACGGUACAUCGAUGAAAUGGGUGACGAUAGUCCAAAGCGGAUGGACAAUGGGUCCAUCGUCAGCCAGCUUGCAAAGGAGGAGGCAAUAUCCCUCGAGAAGGCACAACUCCGGAAUCUGUUCUUGGCCGAGAUGAGAAGACUAGAACCAUACUGGGUUGACGUGUAUAGGACCUCUGAAAGGUCAGCUGAUUUUGAGGUAGCGGUUCAGCUUUGCGACUCUCGUUCCAACACGGAUACGGUUGGCGAGUGGCUGCGCGAUAUCGAGCAGGGAAAAGAGUAUUGGAGCCUGCAGCGGCGUCUCCUUGGAGAAUGA